AUGCAGCCUAGCCAAGGCCCUCAUCAGCUGCCUGCCUCCAGCCCUAUUCCCUCCUCUCUUGCAAAACGCACUACUGGUGUUGCAAGCACUUCUGCAGCCCCUCUCAACCCUUCUCUUCACAACACUCAUGCUGCCGCCAAAGCUUGUCGCGCCCUUAACGCGACCGAGUCCAAGACUCCGGCAGCUGGCCCUUCUCUUAGAGACAAAGGCAAAGAGCGUGAAGACACCAACACCGACUCUAUUGCACAGGCUACUCCUGUCCCUCCUUCCUCCGACUCUACUGCACAGGCUGCUCUUGUCCCUCCUUCCUCUGGCUCUACUGCACAGGCUGCUCCUGUUGUGGUGAUUAGGCCUGCUCUGGGGGGACAGCUGAAAGUAUCACCAAGUGUAUUUGUGGGUUGA